CAAUUGAUAAACUAGUCGAGCGGCACACGCACACAAACGACGAGUAUUUCUUUUAACAAAAAUUUUCUGCGGCACAUCAGUGAAAGACCGCGUCAAUAAGUAAAAUUUACAAUUGUUUUUUACACACUCCUUUUUUUUCUCUUAAUCGUCAAAUGAACUCAAUUCAUUAGGGAAAAAGUUGUAGUUUUUUAAACUCAAAUGGUUCAAGUACGCUACACACGCAAUGUAUUCCUUCGGGGAUUGUGCACUAUUUACCUCUUUGCAUUUCUCAGUUAUUAUAUCCAAAUACCAGGUCUCUACGGCAAUAAUGGAAUUCUUCCGGCAAAAACGCAAAUGGACCUUCAAUCCCGAGUGCCAUUGUCUCAAAAGUUGAUGCAAAAACCGACUUUUGUUUGGUUCGCUUCUUUCUUGGGUUUGAAUGUUGAAUACAUGCUCGACGUUCUUGCUCUACUCGGAAUUAUUCUCUCCUUUUUGGGAUUCAUAUCACAAAAGUACUGUGUAGCUCCACUAUUUCUUGCCUUGUGGUCCCUCUAUUAUUCUUUGUAUCAAGUGGGACAAACAUUUAUGUGGUUUCAGUGGGAUGCUCUUUUAUUGGAAACAGGAUUUUUGUGUAUAAUCGUAGCACCAUUUUGGUACACUCAACAAGUAAAAGCAGGAACUCCCAGCGAUUCUAUUAGAUUUUGGGCAGUUCGAUGGCUCUGCUUUCGAUUAAUGUUUUCCAGUGGCGUUGUAAAAUUAACUUCUGGAUGUCCAACUUGGUGGAAUUUAGAAGCUUUAAAUGUUCACUUUGAGUCGCAGUGCAUUCCUACACCUUUGGCAUGGUAUGCACAUCAUUUGCCAACCUGGUUUCUAAGAUUAUUCACUGUUCAUGCAAAUAUUUCCGAACUUGUGAUUCCAUUUUUAUUCUUCUCGCCAAUAAGGAAACUUCGAAUAAGUGCAUUUUACUGGCAGCUUUUCCUGAUGGUAAACAUAAUAGCAACGGGAAAUUAUAACUUUUUCAAUUUAUUGACAAUAUGCCUGAGCAUUUCGCUCUUGGACGAUCAAUUUUUCUAUAAAGGACGAACGAAGGCUGGAUCAUCGAAAAUUUUUAAUUAUCUUUCAAUUCUCGCGUGUAUUGUUGUCUAUUUGGCAAUUCUUUAUGGAACGCACAUUUAUUAUAACAUGAAAUUCGCAGAAAAUUGGACGAUUGAAACGAAAAUAGGUUUUACACAGAAACAAUUUGACGAAAUUCUUGGCAAAGUAAUUCCAAUCUCGAUUUAUAUUGCGAUGGUCUCGCUUGGAUUUACUGUCGCCGAUGCGAUCACUAAUUCCGUGUUGAAUAUCAAGGGAGUUCAAAAGAAAGUUUCGACUACGCUUGUCACAAUUAUGUAUACAGUUUUGGUUGGAUCAAUUUUUGCCAUCAGUGUCGUUCCUUACGCGACUUUGCAUCCAUCUCACAAUCAAACUGUGCCCAUGCAACUGAAGAAACUUCACGCAAAAGUGGAUCAAUUACAUCUUGUUAAUAGUUACGGUUUAUUCCGACGAAUGACUGGAGUGGGCGGAAGACCAGAGGUUAUUAUCGAAGGCAGUAACAGUGUUGAUGGACCGUGGAAGGAAUAUGAAUUCCUUUAUAAGCCAGGAAAUGUUAAUAACUCGAUGCCAUUUGUCGCGCCAUAUCAACCACGACUCGAUUGGCAAAUGUGGUUCGCUUCUUUGGGAACUUAUCAUCAAAAUCCUUGGCUUAUGUCCUUUGCCUAUCGACUAUUGAAUGGCCAAAAAGAAGUGUUGGCAUUAAUUAAUAACUCGAAAAAUCCAUUCCGCAACAGUCAGCCAAAAUAUGUGAAAGCUAGUCUUUAUCACUAUCACUAUACUCCAUGGAGCCAAAGGAACAGUCAAGCCUGGUGGACGAGAGAAAAGGUCGGCGAGUAUUUCCCCGUGUUUAGUCGCGAUCAUCCGCCUCUUCUCGAAUAUUUAGCGAAAAUGAAAAUAAUUCAAGACAAACCAGAACCAAAGGUCGUUAACGAACCAUUAAAAGUCGUUCUUGACUUCCUUAGAGAAGCAGUGACAAAAAUCGAAGCUAGUUUACUUCUCUGGGGUGUAUUCACAGCCGGAUGUGCAAUUAUCAUGACCGCCUCGAGUCCAACUCCAAAAAAGAAGUAAAAAAAAAAUGAAGAGCGAAAAGAAUUAAGAAUUAAAAUUACUAAACAAGGUGUUGUCAAAUGGUGUGUAAGAAAAAUUGUAUGAUAUUUGACAGUUUUUUUUUUUUUUUUAUUUCUUUCUUGUUUUGUUUUUUUUUCUAUUAUUGUUGCGUGAAAUAUGAGAUAAAGAAUUGGUCGGUUAAAACUCAAUUUUUUUCUAUAAUUUAAAAAUUUGAAAAAAAAUACAUUUUAGAAUUCGUGAGUUCGUGCGCUUUGUGUAUGUAUGUAUAUAAUAUUUGGUCUCUUUUCUCCAAGGGGAGAAAAUUUCUCAAAAAAAAAGAAAAGAAAAAGAUAGAGUUUAGACUAAA